GAGAGAGAGAGAGAGGGGCAUCUAUCAUUCUAAAGAGAGACUCGUAUCAGACAGAGGAGGGACAAGAGGAGGUUAAGAGUUUAAAAGGUGUGGGACAGUCCUAAAGAGAGAGCGAGAGAGAGCGGACAUCAACAUCACGUUUCCAAGAACACACGAGGGAGGCUCUCGCCACUAUCUGGUGGGGGAAAAGCCACAACGGACCAGAGAGAGAGAGAGAGACCAGUGGGAGGUCGACAUACCAGCAUACCGCCACCAGAUAAGCAAAGGGAAGAGAGAACCUCCCGACACAGUAAGCAGGAGCAGAACCUGACGUGCACAGGAGAGACAAGAGCAGUCAGGAGAGAUAAGAGCAGUCAGGAGAGACAAGAGCAGUCAGGAGAGACAAGAGCAGUCAGGAGAGACAAGAGCAGUCAGGAGAGGCAAGAGCAGUUCCUCUACAUCCACUCCCGACGGAGAGAAGCCGUACAGAAGAGAUCAAGAAUCAAGUUCAUCUGACAGGAGAGCGUGGGUUCUCAUCCCCAAACUCCAGACGAAGAGAGAGGCGCAAGAACCGAGGGAAGAACCAGAGCUAGAUCUACCAGUCUCCACAUCACUAUUCCACCAUGAGCAUGAGUGGCACCCUGGAGAAGGGGGCUCAUCACCAGGCUCUUGACCUGUCUGAGGAGCUGUCCCACCACCACCAUCACCACCACGCCCACCACCAGCACUCCAACUCCCUGGCCUCCACCGCCCCGGUAGGGACCCUCCCCUCCGGCGUGGUGGUCCCUCCCCCGUACUCGGCGGCAGAGAGCGCGGGCGGGGGGAGCGACGCGCCCCUGGAGCUGCGGGGCUCGCUGGACUGCUGGGCGUGCUCCGUGCUGGUCACCGCCCAGAACCUCGUCAUCGCCACCAUCAACGCCUGCCUGGCCGGACUGGUGUUCGGCCUCAUUCUCACCCCCGCCAUCGUCAUGGUGAUGUUCGGGUUCCUCUGCCACUCUACGGUGCGGCCCCACGGGACCUCCCCGUACUGUUCAGACCUGCUGAGCGACGGGGGCUGUGUGGCCCUGCUGGUGGUGGGCUUCCUCCUGGUCACCCCCCUGCUGGUCCUGGCCCUGGCCGCCUACUGCCGCCUGGCCCGCCACCUCCAGCUGGGCCUCUGUUUCAUCCCCUACAGCCGCGCCGUCUACAAGAACCUGCCCGCCACCCAGCACCGGGGCCUGGGGGGGGGCUGCUGCGGGGGGCGAGGGGGUUCGGAGGGAGGGAAGGGCAAGGUGUGGGUGUAA